AUGGAUGCUUAUCCUAUCAAACUGAGCUUGUAUCACGACCCUAGUUGGUCUACUGUUGGUCGAUAUUGUCGUUGUCACCUGGUGUGGUCGGUGGCGCAUGACGCCUGCGCCUGCGCAGCCAGUGCCGCCAUGGCGGUGUGGUGCGGCGCGCGCAUUCUGCCGCUCGAACGACGCGUCUACUCCAUCACUCUAGUGAUAGAACCAAACACAGCAUUCUUGCGAGCGGCGCGCGCCGGUCAGCUCGACACAGUCGUCGAUCUCCUCGACUCCGGCGCCGUCAAGGACAUAAACACAUGCAAUUCGAACGGGCUGAAUGCGCUUCACCUCGCCGCUAAAGAUGGACACAUCUCUGUGGUCGAGGAGUUACUAAAGCGAGGUGCAACAGUAGACGCGGCUACUAAAAAAGGAAACACAGCACUCCACAUAGCAUGUCUUGCGGGGCAAGAAUCAGUAGCGCGGGCGCUACUGGCGGCGGGGGCGAAGGCCGACGCCCAAUCAGCGGCCGGCUUCACUCCACUGUACAUGGCGGCACAAGAGAACCAUGCUGGAUGCGUCAAAAUGCUCCUGGCAGCUGGAGCCAGUCAGACCCUUGCUACAGAGGAUGGCUUCACUCCUCUCGCAGUCGCAAUGCAACAAGGACACGACCGAGUAGUCGCUGAACUACUGGAAUCAGACACGAGGGGCAAGGUUCGAUUACCUGCGCUACACAUCGCCGCGAAGAAGAAUGACGUCAAAGCUGCUACGCUGUUGCUUGAGAACGAACACAACCCAGACGCCUGUUCGAAAUCAGGGUUCACGCCCCUGCACAUAGCGGCGCACUACGGCAACGUGGGCGUCGCGCGCGCGCUGCUGGCCGCCGGCGCAGACGCGGGCCGCGCCGCCAAGCACAACAUCACGCCUCUACACGUCGCCAGCAAAUGGGGACAACUGGCUAUGCUGGAUCUGCUUGUGGAGAAUGGUAAAUCAGCAACGACAGAGUCAGGGUUGACCCCGCUCCACGUGGCGUCGUUCAUGGGCUGCAUGAACAUAGCGCUCGUACUCAUCGGCGCGGGCGCCCCGGCCGACGCCGCCACCGCGCGCGGAGAGACUCCUCUACACCUCGCUGCCAGGGCGCAUCAAACUGAUCUCGUCAGGGUCCUGCUUAGGAAUAAUGCUAAGGUGGAUGCCCGAGCUCGUGAAGAACAGACCCCCUUGCACGUGGCAGCCCGACUGGGCCACGCCGAUAUAGCCGCGCUACUGGUGCAACAUGGCGCCGACGUCGGGGCUACCACCAAGGACAAGUACACGCCGCUACAUAUUGCUGCUAAAGAAGGCAAAGAAGAAGUAGCAUCGAUCCUCCUGGAGCACGGCGCAGCGAUAGAAGCCGAGACCCGCAAGGGGUUCACCCCGCUGCACCUGGCCGCCAAGUACGGCGACACCGGCGUGGCGCGCCUCUUGCUGGCGCAGGCCGCCGCGCCCGACGCGCCCGGACGGUCUCACAUCACGCCGCUGCACAUGGCCACCUACUACGGACACCCCGACAUCGCGCUCUUGUUGCUGGAUAAAGGAGCGUCUCCACAUUCUCUGGCGAAGAACGGACACUCCGCUCUACACAUCGCCUGCCGACACAACCACCCAGAUAUCGCCUUCGCGUUACUUGAACAUGACGCGGAUCCCAGCGUGAAGUCGAAGGCAGGUUUCACUCCACUGCACAUGGCAGCACAGGAAGGACACGAGGAUUGCGUCGAGAUGCUCAUCGAACGAGGGGCUGAUGUCAAUGUACCCGCUAAUAAUGGUUUAACACCAGUCCACCUAGCAGCUUCCGAAGGUCGUACGGGCGUGCUGAAGGCGCUGAUGUCUGCGGGCGGGCAGGUCAACGCCCGCACCAGGGACGGGUUCACUCCACUACACCAGGCGGCACAGCAAGGCCACACACUCAUCAUACAGUUACUGCUCAAACAGAAUGCUGACCCCAACGCUCUCUCUGCUAAUGGACAAACGGCUUGUGCUAUAGCCGACCGUUUGGGCUACAUUAGCGCCGUAGAAGCAUUGCGACCUGUCACAGAAAACACGCUCAGCCAAGCUGUCGGAGAUACCGAACAAGGAAAAAUUGAAGUCGUAAGUCUACACGCGUAG